GGUUUUUUGCAUACCAUCUCUCUUCUUUCUUUUCCCUGCUUUUUCUAUUUGCUUCAAUAUUUUCAGUUCUGUGAAAAUGGCAGAUGAGGUGGUUCUGCUAGAUUUCUGGCUCAGUAUGUUUGGGAUGAGGGUCAGGAUUGCACUGGCCGAGAAGGGUAUCAAGUAUGAGUACAAGGAGCAGGAUAUAUUUAACAAGAGCCCUCUGCUUUUAGAGAUGAACCCCAUUCACAAGAAGAUCCCAGUUCUCAUCCACAAUGGCAAACCUGUGUGUGAGUCUCUUAUCAUUGUUCAGUACAUAGAUGAGGUCUGGAACGAUAAGUCUCCAUUGCUGCCCUCUGAUCCUUGCCAGAGAGCUCAUGCCAGGUUCUGGGCUGAUUUCGUUGAUAAGAAGGUUUAUGAAGUUUCAAGGAAGUUAUGGACCACAAAAGGAGAAGAGCUGGAGGUAAGCAAGAAGGAAUUCUUUGAAAUCUAUAAGACAUUGGAGGGCGAGCUUGGUGACAAGCCUUACUUUGGGGGUGAAACAUUUGGGUUUGUGGACCUUUCUCUUAUCACCUUCUACAGCUGGUUCCAUGUCUAUGAGGUAUUUAGCAAUAUCAACAUAGAGGCAGAGUGCCCCAAGAUUAUUGCAUGGGCAAAGAGGUGCUUGCAGAAGGAGACUGUGGCCAACUCUCUUGCUGACCAGAAGAAGGUUUAUGAGGCUGUUGGACAAUUGAGGAAAAUACGUGGCUUGGAGUAGAGAAAUGGUUUAGCCCAAAUCUUGGAGUACUUAGCAUAUUAGAAUGGUUUUGAGUGCAUUCAUUUGGUAACGUUCAAGUUUCAGUUUUGCUUGCUUUCAAAAACUAGUUUGGGUUUGUUUCAUCUGGGUUCAUCGAACUUGUUAGACACUUUGAUAUUUGUCUGCUGAGCUUUAAAUCGAAUGGGCAUGUAUUGGACCAUGAAUAAGAAAGACAGUUUGUUAUCUCUUCUAAA